GAUAGAGAUAAACAACCCCCCAACCUCCCCUCAGAUAUCACCCAUCUCAGCAUCAACCAACAUGAUCCCUAAGACCGCCUCACGCACCACCCUCGACCCCGAAGUCCAAGAGUUCCUGUCCUCCCACCCCACCCUACGCCUCUCCGGCCGCAAUAUCUUCGAAGAGCGACGCCACCAUGUCGAAACGUUCAGUCUGCGCGCCAUCCCCUCGGCCAAACAGCCGCCGACCCUGCACGUCGAACACACCGCGAUAGACGGUCCCCACGGCACGAUCCCCAUCCGCAUCCUCUACCCAACCCGCCCAGCUCCCACCGCCUCCGACACCCUCUCCCCCGCCCUUAUCUACUUCCACGGCGGCGGGUACACUAUCGGCAGCGCGGACGACUUCGAAGCCGGCUGCCGCCUCCUCGCCUCGCAAGCGGACCUCCAAGUCUACCUCGUAGAAUACCGACUCGCGCCGGAAUGGCGAUACCCCACCCAACUCGACGAAUACGACUGCGUCCUCGACUGGCUGCGCGGGGAGGGCGGACAGGCCCGGCACGUGGACCCAGCGCGAAUCUUCGGAGGUGGGGACAGUGCAGGUGGGAACCUGACGGCGGCGAUGGCGUUGCGGCGGAUGGACCGCCAGCAACGGAAUCUGGAGGGGUUGUUGUUGCUGUACCCGGAGGCGCGAUUGCCGUUUGAUACCCCCGCGGCGGGGGAGAAUAAUUCGGGGUUAUAUUUGGAGUGUAACGGGAUCUUCAACUUCGCGGCCAACUAUCUCCCGGAUGGCGUGGCGCCGGGAGAUCGGUAUGUCUCGCCGGGGAUGCAAUCGGUUGCCUCGUUGAAGGGGCUGCCGCCGACGAGGGUGUAUACCUGUGGCUUCGAUCCGCUGCGGGAUGUCGGGGUGGAAUUUGCGUCGAAGUUGGAAGAGGCGGGCAAUGAGGUGGCUUGGAGGCAUUAUGAGACCUUGUGUCAUGGGUUUCUGCAGAUGGCGCCGUGGAGCGAGGGGGCGAUGCAGGCGUUGAAGGCAGUGGCGCGGGAUGUGAGGGAGUUGGCGGAGGUGGGGAAAGCCAUUGACCUGGCUUCAUAA